AUGAUUGAAUAUACACAUACAAUUGAAUUAAUUAAAAAUCGUAUAAAACAACUUGAAAUAAAUCAAUAUAAUAAAUUUAAUUUUGAUAAACGUUGUUUAUUAGAAAUUGAUAUAAAUUUAACAAAUAUAAUUAAUGAUUUUAAUCAACGACAACAAGAAUUAAUACAAUUAAUUAAUGAAGGUAAACAAUUAAUUGAACAAAAUUUAAUUAUUGAUCAACAUACAUUUACUAAACUUGAACAACGUUGGCAAUUAAUUAUAAAAACAAUUUUAAAUAAACAACAAGAUAUUAAAAAUAUUAUUAAAUUAUGGUUAUCAUAUCAAAAUUAUUUAGAAAAUUAUUAUCGUUUACUUAAAAAUAAAUAUGAAUUUGAACAAGAACAAUUACGAUCACCAACAAUUAAUUUAAUUAAUCAAAUUAAACAAGGAACUUAUUUAAAUUCAUUAUAA